AUAACUUAUUAAAUAUGUUUUUUGAGAUACAGAAAUUAAUUAAUUCUUACUUUGUAUUAAGUGAAAAGACGUUCGUAUUUUAAGAACAUGCUAUUUUUAAAUGCAAGAAAAUCGUCUUUGAUAACAAAGCUUAAAUUUACUGAAAAUAUUUGCCUUCAUUUCCACCUCAGACUGUGUUUCUCCCCUACCGCACCAUCACAAUUCUUACAAAACAAAACUUAAACCACUGAAAAUUUUCGCCCCCACUCUCUAUCACCCCCACCGCAACACCACAAUUUUUCCGCUUUCUAAAAAGGGUGGGGCACACUGUAUUUAAACAGCAGCCACUGGUGCCCAAAUUCAGUUUAUUCCAAGCUUUCCAAGAUGUUUCAAGUGUUUCCUUUUCUCGUCGCUGCGAAUUUAGCCCUGCCGAAGCUUCGUCUGCCCGUCGAGAUGUGGUCUACCAUUUUUCGGUUUUUGGACCCUUCAUCUCUUCUGAACGUGGUUCGAACAGAUGGCUUGUGGAGCAAAAUCAGUCAAGGAGAUCCAAUUUUGCGAAGGACAGUUCUAGAAGAAUUGAAUGCCGAACGUGAAAGACAACGACAAGAAAUUUUGAAUCCCGGUUUGCUGAUGACGAUUGAACGGAAAGGACCAACGAAAAUGUUUAAUGUUAAUGGUACAAAAACGGUUCGUUUCAGGGCUCCAACCGUAAUCCAACCACCGCCCAUUGAAUUUUUGCGACCUGUUGCAGAGAAAAACAAGCAACGACACAAUGGAGGACCAUCACGAAGCGAGAAAAAGGUUCAGGCUUACCCUCGAAAAUUGUUAAGACUGUAG